AUGGAACUGUACGCUCAAGAGGAAGCCUUCAAGAAGGGCGCAGAUUUCGCUCUCCGCAUCGCCAUCGUGCUCUGUGGAGUCUGCCUGUCAUCCGGGGUGUUGCUCACCAAAACACUUUGCGGACCAGAGGUGUCUGAGUGGCACAUUGUAAAUGGAGUUCUCUGCUGCUCAUUAGCUGCUUCUAUUCAUUUUGCUGCGAGGUCUUGCCCCAAGGUACUUCAGAAUUCAGGGAAAGAGUGUUUAUCAGAACGCAUUUUUCUAUUCAAGAGGCAUAUCUCCCUGAGGGAGCUAAUAUAUGAUGGGCUGCUCACUGCAGCAGCGUCUGCUGGCUUCAUCGUCAUUCCAUGUCUUCUGGUUUUCUGGUCACUUAAUGGAUUGUUUAGCAUGAGCAUUGGUAUAUGUGCUGAAUCGGCGCCACUAUUAUAUUGCAUAACGUUGGCGGCGAUGCUGGCACAAAUUUUCGCCAUUGCUAAUGUUGCAAGAAUAAAUAUGGAAGCUGCUGGCUACGACCUCCACAAUAUUCAGUCAACCAUUUUAUAACUGGGCUACACGGAUUGUCCGCAGACAAAAGGCGUGGCUCUGGACAUACGACGGAGCGGAUUUGCCGUUGCCUUGAGAGCGUCAGAUCAGGCGUUCCCACUGCUUCAGGCGACUAUGGAAACGGGAAAGCAGUAUGUCAUUUAA